AUGCACGCUCACUUUUUCAUUUUUAUCGUCGCAUUAACCAGCCUUGCAUCCGCACUCACCGUUGAUCGUCGAGGUGCACCAAAAUCGUACGCUGCACUGGGCGAUAGUUAUUCUGCGGGAAUUGGAGCAGGAAAUUUCACCAGAGGGUCAGCGGAUGGACGCGAUAACCCUUGCGCUCGUACAAAUGGCGCCUAUCCUUUUGUGUUAGCCAAAUCGUUAGGUCUACUGAGUAAUGGGUCUGCUGGCAAUCUCAAAGGAGAAUGGGAGGACUUCUAUUCUUGUGCAGGAGACAGGUUGCAUCAACUUGAUGCGCAGGUCAAGGAUUUGAAGAGUAAAAAAGUGGAUUUGAUCACUCUUUCCAUCAGCGGGAAUGAUUUUCUAUUUGGCGAUGUGAUAAGCGCAUGUGUAUUUCCAUACGGAUUGAAUGACCCAGAAUACUAUGAACAAGUCUGUAAUCAAAAAUUGGCUGACUCUACGAACGCGAUACAAAAUACGACAUUCUGGAAUAGUUUUCUCACCAAGGUUGACUUGCUGGCUACGAAUCACUUAACCAAAGGGGGUAAAUUAAUCAUCACAGGAUAUCCACGAUUUUUCGCACCAGAUGCAGUUGAAGGAGAUGCCUGCGACGAAACCUAUUUCCUCGACAACGCGUUUGGAAGGAAAUUGAAGAUGACUCUGGAAACCAGAAGAGAGAUGAAUAAAGGAGUAGAGGAGGUUAAUCGACGUAUUGAGUCCGACAUUGUGGCAAGGCUUAUGGUCAAGGGGGUUUCAUUCAUCGACGUGGAUGCUUUAUAUCAGGGACAUCGGUUCUGUGAGCCGGAAAAGAGUGCAAACCCGAAAGGAUCAGAUCCACAAGAUGAUACCAUUUGGUUCAACGAUAUCAACACGGAGCUCGAAGAAAAAGCGCACUGGUUCAUGCCUCCAGAUUUCAAGGAAGAGGAUGAGGGAACACCUCAAGACAAGAUCGUACAAGAAGCGGAUUGCGGAGAUAUGAUCGCGCAGGUGGACGACGUUGUUGGUGACGAGAAGCCCGAGGUGGAGAGUAAUGAGCCAGGCGAGUUGAUAUCAAGUCUUCUCGGGAAAUUUCUGCCUAGCGAUUGGGAGAAGUAUUCUGUUUUCCAUCCUAAAAAGGCCGCAAAUUUUGCAGUGGCUGAGGCAAUUCAGGCGGCGAUAAUACAAGCUCAAAUUGACAGACAAGCAUUGCUCAGAUCCCGAAUAUCCUUGUGGAUUUUCGAACAAUCCUGGCACAGACUUACACAACUGCAACAGUCAAUUUCAUUUGUUUGCGAUCUUUACAGCUCUCAAAUGGGAAAGAUAUAUGACAUGAUAACUAGUAACCAUCUUCAAUUGUUCUGA